GCAGGGGUGCCCCGGCUGAUAACCAUUUAGGCGCGGGGCCGUGCCACGCUCUCGGCGCGCGCGGGGGAAUGCACCGGAAUUAAGAAACCGCGUCCGGCAGCGCGUCUCGGCCACCGUACUCUGGGUUUACGGGAGCUCGCAGAGGACAAAAUUUCGCGCGCUUUUCCGGGGGCCAGUCUAACCUGGCAGGGAGGGAAGAAUUAGGAGACGCGGUGAAACUAGGUCCAAGGCGGGAAGCGCCUCGGUUAGAUUGAGGGAAAUAAAGAGGAUGUCCUUUGGGGGAUGAUGGGUGAGGACCUACCACAAGAGAAGCGCGGCGACGGCCGAAAACAGAGCGACUGGCGGGGUUCACGCUAAGGGCAGCUUGGGCGAUACCAUCUACGGAUAGGGGGUUAGGGCGAUACCAUCUUGAGGGAGUUAGGGGGUGGCAAGGAACAGCCUUGGAAAGGGCUACUUGGAGGAGGCGGGGCGCACGUGGGAACCCAAAGGGACCGGGCAGUCGCCCACAUCCGCACUUCCCUUCCCCAGCCGUCCCGAUCCUGCCAUGAGCGCUGCGGUGCGGACCGAGCCGCUGCGCGGGGAGCCGCCUCUGCUGGUGCGCGGGGACCCCUACUCGGUGGUGGUCCUGCUUCAGGGCUACGCGGAGCCGGAGGGGGUCGACGACGCGGUACGCGCCGACGGCUCCGUGACGCUUGUGCUGCCUCAGGCCUGGGGUUCAGCCACCGGCCACCAAGAGUCCCCGCCCCACAGCGGCGGGGCGAAGACCGCCCUGGAAGAGGCGGCCCGUGGCCCCAUCCUCGUGGACACUGGGGGCCCCUGGGCUCGGGAGGCGCUCCUGGGGGCCCUGGCGGGGCAGGGCGUGGCCCCUGGAGACGUGACGCUGGUGGUGGGCACCCACGGACACUCGGAUCACAUCGGAAACCUGGGGCUUUUUCCUGGGGCGGCUCUGCUGGUCUCGCACGACUUCUGCCUCCCCGGAGGCCGCUACCUCCCCCACGGGCUAGGCGAGGAGCGGCCCCUGCAGCUGGGCCCCGGGCUCGAGGUGUGGGCCACGCCGGGCCAUGGGGGCCAGCGGGACGUGAGCGUGGUGGUGGCGGGCACGGCCCUGGGCACCGUGGUGGUGGCAGGCGACGUGUUUGAACGCAGCGGAGACGAAGACUCAUGGCAAGCUCUGAGCGAAGACCCGGUGGCCCAGGAGCGGAGCCGGAAGAGGGUCCUAGGUACUGCGGACGUAGUCGUGCCUGGUCACGGAGCCCCCUUUAGGGUAGUCAGAGAAGCCCCUCAGCCACGGAACUGAUGUCCAGAAGACCAGAGGUCAGUGUGAUCGCUUCCAGCCCCCUUGCAAGAGGCCGGUUUUCCAGCGAGGACAGUCAUCUCUAUCACUGGUUCUGCAACCAAAACUAGGACCAAAGACUGGCUCAGCCGUGUGCCACCCCUUGGGGUCCCCCGUAAAGUAGGAGAAUGUUCUUGGGAGGGUCGUCCAAAAUAAAAAUAGGCAACUGCAUGGAAAAUCAUAAAGCCCUAAGGUAAAUGCGAAUCCUUAAUGGAGAUAAUCCUGCAAAUUUGGUAAUUAGCAACCGCAACAGAGGGGCACUUGGGCCAAUUGCUUAUUUCUCACAAGAUGCAGGCUUGCUGAGAGAAGGUGCAGGGCACAGAAGUAACACCUUAGUCACCUGCCUUUGAUCCAUCUGCUCAUUGGAGGAAUGGUUCAAGCACUGCCCUAGGUCGUGGGGAUGCGACAGUGAGUAAGCUAGACAAACUCCCUGUUCCUUAUGGAGCUUAGACAACUAAUAAUAGUGAACCAGAUAAUUACAGAUUGUGUUUAGUGAUAUGAAAGAAAAGGAGAGCAAGACCGUGGUAGAGUUCCUGGCUGGGAAGAUGGCUUCUUUUAUUGAAGGUGGUCAGGAAAAGCCUAUGAGGAGACGAUUUUUAAUCAGGGAGCUGAAUGGGAAGAAAGCCAGCCAUAUGAGGGUCUGGCAGAUGUGCCUUCCAGGCACAGGAACAGCAGGUAUAAAGGUCCUGAGGCAGGACGACUUGACUUGCUUGAGCAGGAAGAAGAGCAUGGGGUUGGACGGCAGAGAGUGACAACAAAUGAUGUAGGGUUCGGCCGGGCCAUCACGGACCACAGUUAGGGCUUUGGAUUUAUACUGAGAUAUAAAUUUGGCUUUGGCUUUUGAGCAGGCUAAUGAAGGUCUCAUUUAAAGUAACUACUCUUAAAAAAAAAAGUAACUACUCUUGUUCUGAGUAGAGAAGUGGACAGAGUAGGACGAAAAUAGAAUGGGCUGGACUGGUUAAGAAACUACUGUGGCCUCUCAGGCCAGAGAAGUCAGUGACACCCGCUUUUAUCCUAGAAUUCCUAUGACUCUGGUCCUCUUCACAACUGUGUCCCAGGCCCUCCAUCCACACAGUCGCAGGACCCACAGAAGCACUCAGAUGGGGCAGAUGAAGAGGAGGAGCAAAUCCACCUUGUGGCAGAUGAACCACCCUGGGUGAGGGGUGCCACGGGGCAGGGCCUGAUUGGGGGUUAUUUCCCUGGUGUCCAGAAAGGCCAGGUGGAGGUCCCCAGAUGCAGCGCAGAGGGGCCGGUUCACCUAGAGGGGAAACCAGAAGCUGCCCUACGCUUAGACUUGGAGUCGGUGUUGGCCAAUUUGAUGACCACAGAGUGCAGGGUUCCCAGGCCAACAGUUCAGCCACAGCUUGUCCAGAUCCCUGCCAGUCACCAGGUAAAGACAGAUGGAGUGAAGGUGGCGAUGUAGCGGACCCAGCCUCAGAACUACCAUGCCGUGGGGGCCCUUGGGCAGCUCUUCUAGCUUCUGGGCCACGCAGUGCCAGGAGGCUACUGGUGUGUGGAAGAGAGUACGGGCUCCAGCUGUGGGCCCAUCAGUGCAGCACUGUGGCCUUCAGGGACCCCGGCUGAUAUGUGGAGUGCAGCUCCAACACCUUCAGGGCUGUAGGGAGGAUGGAAAAGGGGCAGAUGGGGGUUAUGUAGAACAAUGCACUUUCAACGCAUACAAGUAAAAACUCCAGUCCUGACUUUCUUUUUCCAGAACAUGCACCUCUUCCCAUGACUCAGGUCUGGUCAUGUAGAGAGCAACACAUCUCUAUGGCCACACUGAUUGUUUCCAGGAUGGACAGGUCACCUAAGCUAGUUGAGGCGCGGCCAUCUGAGGGGUUUUGCUGGAGUUAGUGGAAAAAAGUAGUUCUUCCCUGAAAGACCGACGUGGGAAAGUUAUGGAACUGUUGAAUCCCUAUAGUUACAUAUAUCAUGAUGUGUACACCUGAAACUAAUACUCCACUGUUAGCUAACUGGAAUUUAAAUAAAAACGUAGGGGCGCCUGGGUGGCUCAGUGGGUUAA